AUGCCCCAGCAAUACAGCUUCCCUCCCCCACCUCCUGGUUCGGCAUCUCCUAACCAACACGGAAACCAAUACCUCUAUGGUCAACACCCUACCCACUACCAACAGCACCAACUGCGUGGUGGAGGCUCACAUCGUGGCGGACGAGGGGGGAUACAAAAUGGCCGCGGAGAGUUUCAUGGAGCACCUGCCUACGGGUCUCAUCAGAAUAGUGGCUAUGAUCCACGUCACCCACAGCCAGGGCCAGCUCAGGGUUUACCAGCUGGAUUCAAUGGAUCCAACCCUCAGUCAGUGCCAACGUCAUACAUAGGCCCUCAAGCCGGACCUCCAAUUCAGCAGGGCUCAGGUGGUCCUGGAUAUGCAGCGCCUCACUGGCAGAAUCAACAUACGCUUCAGCACGGACCCUCACAGCAACUUGCGCAACAACCUAUGCAUCACCCUCACCCAUCUCCAUUACCAGUCCAAAGCUAUCACCCGAACUACGCACCACAAGCCUACCCUUCCCAAUAUGGGCCACCUCAGCCCACCCAAUUUCAAGUUCAGGUGCCAUCUUACACUCAAAAUAUGCCACAGAAUCAACCUUCUCAUGUUGCUCCAUCUCCGAUUCCUCCUCAACAGUGGCAAGGGUCAUCUCAGCAGAAUCGACAAUCUUUCAAUAACAAUCGUGGACGGAAUAACAUCAACAGUAACGGACGAAGCUUUCAUGACUCUCCUGCACCUUUAAUGGGUCCUCCAAUACGCAUGGGGUUUGAUAAUGAACGUGGUGGAAGUCAUUCGACUCAGCCAGGGAAUAGCUUUCAUCUUCCACCUAGCAAUCAUCACUCGCCUGUUCCUUUUCCACAACCACCUUAUCAUGUUUAUCCACCACAAGAAUUUGCUCACGUAUCACAGCGUUCACCCAUUGAUUCAGUUCCGUAUAAUCCACCCCAAAGAGGUCGCGGGAGCGGAAAUACCAACUAUAGAGGAAAAGGACGUGCCGAUUAUCAGCAGCACCAGUUUCGAACUCGCCACCAGCAGAAUAGCGCUGUAAAACCAGACAAUCAUUACAAGUCUGCUGGAGGUGAAGUCGGUGGAAAAAAGAAAAAAAAGCGGCGUACAAAUACACUCGGCCUCACACCAAGUGGUGUCGAACAUGAAGAUAGUGAGGAAGAAGUGGAUGAUGUCGAUGAAGAAGCGCGACUUGUCACAUUACUAGGCCCCGACACCCCACAGUUGCCCACUGAUUUAGAAGCAUGGCUAGCAGAACGUAAGAGCAGGUUCCCCACCAAGGCCCGCAGAGAAGCUGCUGCCGAGCAGCUUCGUAUACGGCGUGAACAGAAUCGCGAAAGCAAGCUUAAGAAAGAUAACGAUAAAAUAGUCAGGAAAGAGGAAGGUGAAACUAAACUUGAAAAACAGCAGCGUAGGGCAGAAAAACUGAGACUUGAGCUUGAAAAGGCAGAAAGAAAGAUUCAGCAAGAAAUUUCAGGUUCCAAACGCAAGCGUGAGAAUGGCGAUGAAGGAGAUGAUGAUCAUGGCCAAGUGAGCGAUGAUGAUGCGGACGGCCUAUCUACCUCAGAUUCUGAUGAUAAGCCUGAGUCUCUGCCAUUACGAAAUGGAGGCCCUUCGCGUCUUCCCCCAACCCCAAAGGCUCAAUUACAACGACACUGCAAGUACUUCUCGACCGGUGGUACUUGUGGUAAGAAAGGCAAGUGCCGCUUCGUACAUGAUCAGGAGGUUCGCAAUCAAGCAUUAAGAGACAAGGAGGCAAACGGCGGAAAAAUGACACUAGCUCAACGUCUUAUUCUCAAUGACACAGCAAAAGAUGAUUUGACCAUCUUAAAAUCUAUCAAGUAUCUCAAGGAAAAGGGCUUAAUGCCAGAGCAACUUACUGCUAGUGCAUCAAGAUAUGAGGACGAUGAUGAGUCGCACAAAAAUGGUACAGAAAAUCCCCUUCCCGAGAAUCUCGUCAAAACUGAGUGCUAG